AUGGGAGGAGGAAACGCAAGUCGUGUUUUCACCUGUGUGGUCUAAAAGAGCUAGGCGCUGACGGGACUGACUUGCCCUCCUCUCCUCUCUUGUUCGCACGGUGCUCCUCCUCCUGCGCGUCCGUGGCUCCACGUUCGCUUCCCUCAAACCUUUGGACUCCCAAUCCCAAUCAUUCGCACGGAAUGGAAUCAUCAAUCCAAACGAUCACGUGCAACAGGGAGCUAAAUCAGCCGCGGCGCGAGCCAAGGCGCAGGAGAAGUUGGCCAAGUCCGGUCCGACCAGUCAAUUGAAGGCGGUCAGUAACACGAACAAGUUGGCCGUGGUCGGGGGUGGGGUGGCAGUGCGUUGGAGGGAAGCAAGUAGGGGUGGACUGACUCUUUGCUUUUAUUCCUCGCGUGGGGGGGGGGGGGGGGGGGGGGUGCGUUUCUAGAACGCCGCGGCGAUGACGAUUCAAUGCGUUAGUGAGUACCGAGACAAGCUCGUUGUGCGCUUCGGAUCUGACUAUUCGACCCUCGAUACUGAUCAUUCUCUUUGUGCAGCCUGCAAGGUUUGUUUGAACCACGUCCUGGGACGCUCCCCAAGCGAACAAAAAAAUACGUCUUCGACCCGGGGGACGCCGUACUCACCCUCAGUGCUCCCGUUUCCAAUCUUCCACAGCAAACCUUUAUGAACACGACCAAGGUCGAUGCGUGCGUACCUACAACUCAUUUUAUUCGCACUGAACAGAGAACUAAUCCUCGUCUUGCCCUCUCACACGCCCGCUUCGCCUCCCAACAGGCUCAAGCAACACGCCGAGAACAAGCACAAGAACGCCGCGCUCGCGACCUGCUUCCCCAACGUCGCCGCCGCAUAA